GCGUACGACACUGGAGUAAUGGAGGUCUCUUCCCUGCCCACGGUGAUUUGUGAACAAAUCAUCUUCUGCUUUUGAAGAUUUGGGGCGAGCAUUCACUCAUUACUCGGUCAGCUUUUGUAAGUGUCUGCAGAUCAGAGCGACUCUUCGAUGAUGGCGACAGACACUGCGUCCCAGCAGACUCCUGGCUCCAGGAUCAUGACCUUUCACCCUACCAAGGAAGAGUUUAAGGACUUCAGCCUUUACAUUGCCUACAUGGAGUCACAGGGAGCACACCGAGCUGGAAUGGCUAAGGUUAUUCCACCCAAAGACUGGAAGCCUAGACGUACCUAUGAUGACAUAGAUGACCUGGUGAUUCCUGCUCCUAUACAGCAGGUGGUGUCGGGCCAGUCAGGUCUCUUCACACAGUACAACAUCCAGAAGAAACCCAUGACUGUCCGAGAGUUCCGCAAGACUGCCAACACAGACAAGUUCUGUAAUCCCCGCUAUGUGGAUUUUGAGGAGCUGGAGAGAAAGUUCUGGAAGAACCUGACUUUUAACCCACCUCUCUAUGGAGCGGACAUCAACGGAACCCUCUACGACCCAGAUGUGACAGAGUGGAACAUUGGUCAUCUGAACACUAUCCUGGACACUGUGGAGAGGGAGAGUGGGAUCAAGAUAAAAGGAGUGAACACUGCUUACCUGUACUUUGGCAUGUGGAAAAGCACCUUCGCCUGGCACACUGAAGAUAUGGAUCUCUACAGCAUCAACUACCUGCACUUUGGAGAGCCAAAGUCCUGGUAUGUUGUUCCGCCUGAACAUGGGAAGAGAUUGGAGCGCCUCGCUAAAGGGUUCUUUCCUGGGAGUGCUCAGAGCUGUGAAGCUUUCCUGCGCCAUAAAAUGACUCUUAUCUCACCCUCCAUCCUGAAGAAAUAUGGCAUACCAUUUGAGAAGGUGACCGCUCUUCAAUGACAAGAUGUUAUCAGAUUUACCAACCUAAACUUUUCUAGAUAUACAGUAGAUUGUUACAGUGGCAUGAUUCAGCUGUUUUUGAUGGUACUAUGUCAUGUAAUGUGUCUGCCUAUAGAUUAACUAGUUUUUUUCUUUUCUGGUUAAUAUA